AUGCAGUUGUCCUCCUUCGCCGACAUACCAAUUGAAUUACUUCCCAUCGUCUUUCAAUUUAUUGUCAAACCCUCCCAUCUUGCUACACUCUGUCUUGUAAACAGCACUUUCCGCGACCUUGCGGUCUCCCAACUAUAUGAAAGUGUCCACAUUUAUCCAUGGCAUAAUGAGGCCAAGACCAGGGUAGUCCAGUUAUUUACGACACUUCGCGAUAACGCGGACCUUGCGAGAUACGUGCAGAAACUCGGUGAGUUCACGCCUCGACACUAUUGUGUGCUCAUUAAGGAUUUUCCCAAGGCUCUCUCGACGGACAAGUUAGAAACAACAUGGUCCACUUGCACCCAUGGACUGAAGAACUGCGUGAAUCUGAGACACUGUACUUGGACCAGGGACGGCUCGUUGGACAACGCAAUCUUUGAGGCUCUUCUCCACUGCCAUAAGCUCAAGGAGCUUGAGAUCAACGGUCACCACGAUGGCCAAUACGACCCAGAAGUACUCUGUCGCUUCACUAGACUCAACAAGAUCACCCUCAUCAUGCCCAGCUGGUUAGUCAUAGCACAACUCCCUCGGUGGAUCAGGGAGACCGGGCCAGCUCUCCAGUAUCUCUCUAUCAUAUGCAAGGCCUCUCCUCUUGUCACAGACUCGCUUCUGGAGAUUCUGGCACCCAACCUUCCGCACCUGGAGCACCUCUCGCUGCUCGGAUGUCCUAAGGUAACCCACUCGGGGAUCCUUGCUGUCCUCUCCGCAAAUCGUGGCACUAUGCGAGGCCUUGGUUUGGAAGGCUUGUCUCCCAACCUUGACGUAGCGAAAUUCGCCUCGUCUCAUCAGGCUUUAAGCACACUCUCUGGCUUAAGUUCUCUCACUAUGACCGUCCAGCGGCCUUUGAACACGUGGACAGAGAAUGUCCUGAAUCUCCUGCGAGAAGUCCCCUUGGAGCUGUUCCAGGUCUAUUCUCCAGGUGGAGAGGACGUGUCUGUUCUUCCCGAUGACUUUUGCUUCAGUUUGGUUUCCACCCAUGGACCGCGUCUGAAGCGUUUCUCUGUCCACCGAAUGCGAGUUACCCUCAACGCGGUGGACAAUAUCUGCAGUAGAUGUCCUAAGCUAGAGCAGCUAUUCAUUGUGAUGAGGAGAUCCGAAAUGCAACUACUUGCCCCCGUCCUAGCGAAAGCACGGAAGCUUCGUUCAGUACAUGUCAACUUCCCUCUGGACGCAGGGACCGGCGUGAACCUCCUUCAGAUCCAGGCAGACGUGCAGUCUAUCCUGUCCGAGUGCAGCGGCUCGUCUGUCAUGCAAUUUGGUUGCAAUACUCGGGUCGAGCGCGAGGUGGUGAGAGGAGGUAACGGCGAACUUAGAGUCGAGAAUCGUCUAGCGCGUUACGAAAGUCCGGAGGUGCCGGAACAGUUCCUGGUCCUGCGGGCUUGA